ACUUUUUCGCCGGCCUAUCGGCGAGAUCAUUGGGAAAAUUGGAGGUUUUGUUUGCUCGUUUCUGUUAUUUUUCUGCCGCGUUUGUUACAUUCGCGGUUGACUCCAGUGUUUGAUUAAGGACCUGUGAACGGCAGAUGGCUUUUCGGCACAAUGGUAACGGACGAGGACAGGAGACCCAGAGUUUCUCGAUGUCAAGGCGCCCUAUGCUGUCAACGGACGGCCCAUUCACAGCUUUCGUUGGCAACCUACCCGACACUGUGAUGCAAUCCGACCUCGAAGUAAUCUUCAAGGAUAUUCCAUUGCGCUCGAUCAGACUCGUGCGCGAUAGGGAAACUGAUCGCUUCAAGGGUUUUUGCUAUGUCGAGUUCGACACCAGCAAUCAGCUCCAAAACGCUUUGGAGCUUGACGGAGCGGAGGUUGACGGCCGGAUCAUACGGGUAAACAUUGCGUCAGGUCGUCAGGAUAGACGUAGUGGAGGUAGGGCUCGUGAUGGAGGUCGUGAUUCUGUACGGGAUCAGGGUGAUUAUCAACAUCGUAGAAAUCAAUCGAACCACAUUAACAACGACCGAGAAAGCAGUCGUCGUCAAGACGGAUCGCCCGUGGGAAGCCUAACUGCUGACGGCGGUCGAAAUUUUCAAGGAGCUGCAUGGAACAUGCGAAGACGUUCUCAACAACAACAACAAGCUCUGCAGCAAUAUCAGAACCACUCAAAUCGGCUCGAUCACUCUGCCCGAUCGGACACUCAUACUAACGAUGCCGCAUCAGGACAUGGCAGAUAUUUUAAUAGCAACUACCAGCAAAGUUUUCCCAAGGACCACUCGGACCGACCCAAGCUGAAGUUGGCCCCCAGAACGGUCACCACUCCGGUGGCAGCAUUGGCAGACGCCCUGGCGCGUUCGAGUAUAUUCGGUGAAGGAAAACCACGCGACGAUCGUGCCUUCGAGAAUCAAAAGAAAGAGGGCAAAAAACAAACCCUUUAAACUUAACACCAACGUAUAUAUAUAUAUAUAUAUAUAUAUAUAUAUAUCACGAAAUAUAUGUAUGCUCGCACCUGCAAUAUAAUGUUCUAGUGGAGGAUAUCUGUGCUUUGUCUCUUGAGAUUAUGUAUUAAUGCCUAUACACUUCAUACUUAUCGUAUCAUAAGGCUUCGCUAAUAAAUGGUGCUGUGUGUUAAGUAUCG